UUGACAUUGUUCAGACAUUUCAUGUUCUGUACCACCCGCAGGCAGCAGGCCUCAUUGUGAGAUGGAAUGGUCAACUGAAGUAAUUACUGACCAAAACAUUGGGUCCGACCCUCCAGGGGUGGCCCUCUCAACUGCCUAAAAUGGUGGCUACCCUUAAUAAUAAAAACUUGUCAAAGGACAAUCAUCUAUGGAUAGGAUGCAUGAAUGUGGGAAGACAGGGGUGGAGGAGGGAGCAUUGGGAGAGACAAUGCUCCCAUUAACCAUAAAACCAAUACAGAAUCAUAAACCUUUUUUUCUUCCCGUCCCCAUGACUGUGGGAUCAGUGGAUAUGGAUUGAGAAGCACCUGAAGCAGGUACAUUGGAUGUGGAACAAACAGCAAUAGUACUUUUGAAUUGGUUUGUGGAUUUACCUCCUGGCUGGUUUGGGCAAAUACAAUCUCAGUUGUGGCUUGCAGCUUGAGGGGUGGUGACCAAGGGAGGUGUGAUUGACCCAGAAUACUGGAGGGAGGCGAAAAUCAUACUACACAAUCAGGGGAAAACUCCUUUUGCCUGGGCACAGGGAGAUUGAAUAGCCCAAUUAUUGCUUCUACCUGCUCCCUUUGUGUCCGUUAAUGGUCAGAUAUCAAGUUCUUGAAAGAUGCAGCAUCAGGAUAGAUCUGAAUCUUUGGGGCAACGGGUAUGGGUAACCCAACCGGGGAAGGAUCCUAUACCUUCUGAAGUCAUAGCUGAGGGAGAAGGUAAUACUGAUUGGGUAGCAUCUAGGGGUGGAAAUCGAUACCAUUUGAGACCUAGGGACCAAUUGAAAGCAAGGGGAUUAUAACCCUUAGCAUUCAAUCUAGAUGACAGCCCAAUGGGAUGUUGAAGAUGCUGUUGGGUGGACUGAUUGGCUAGUAGCCACCUUCUCCAGACUGACAACAUUAAUCAGAUUGGUACAUGCUAUACGGCAGAGCCUCUUUGGAAGAAACCUGUUUUUGCUAUGCAUCACUUUAACUUUGUCAUGUACUGUUUUGUGUGUUUGUCUUUCUUGUAUCUCUGUAGAGAUGCAGUCUUUGCAGCUACCUACCAAUACCACGGGGGAUGGGUAGGUGCAACUUGGAACUGCAUUUCCAGCAAUUAUACAUGCCCCCUGGUUCAU